GUCCGGUGCUCCGGGUGUCCCUUCCGCGCUUCCCUCGCGUGCUUGGCUCCCUUGGCCUCAGAUUCCCUGAAAUCCUUUGAACCUUUGUUCCCCUUUGGAACCCUAUUUGAGUGCCCAGAGCCUCCGCCCAGCUUUUCGGGGCUCCUGCUUCUGAACCCCCGCCUGUCACCCCUCCACGCCACUCCCCAGUCUUCUUCCUGGGGCUCCCAUAUGCACUGCAGCUGGAAAGAGCGGCCGAUCCAUAAGGCUAGGGACGAUGGGUCAGCAAAAGAUAGGCCCAGACGGCGUUCUAUUCAUUUUGGCCAGGGGUCUUUUUGUUUUGUUUUGGGUUUUUUUGCUUGAGAAUCAGGCACCUUAGCGUUUUCUUUGCCAUUCCUGUAGAAACGUGGCAGACCCCUUCUGAUUAUGUAGAAGAGGACAUAUUUGCCAACUAAACUCUGCCACAUAGUUUGAAAAGGAGCCUGUAACUCAUUCAGAAAGCAGAUUCUGAAAAGCUUGCCUGUAUUGAGACAGGUGGCCAGAAAGGCCUCUGCCACCUAGCCAAUGUACAUGUGCACAUGCACAGUCUUGGAGUGGUGUAGCCAGAUGACUGUCGCUGUGUGUCCGGUGAAGCCAGGCGCCCUCUCUCACUAAAAUGCCUUCUUUAAAGGCUUGGAACAAAUCUGAACUUUGUUGGCCACGUUCCGGGUUGUGGCCACUUUACUUUGAAUCCUUUAUACAGACUUAGCUGACUGUGUGUGCACGAUGAGGCUGUGUGGACUGUACUAGAUCCCACUGGCUUGAACGAGUAGAGGUACCCUUUAUUUUACUGCAAGCAUGUUGCACUUGGUGUGCAGUGCGUUGCAUCUUGAAGCCUACUUUCCAUCUGCCUGUUGGCAUUCUUUCUCUCCGCCCACUUUUUUUUUUUUUUUUUUUUUUUUUUUUUGAGACAGGGUUUCUCUGUAUAACUCUGGCUAUCCUGGAACUCACUUUGUAGACCAGGCUGGCCUCGAACUCAGAAAUCCGCCUGCCUCCCGAGUGCUGGGAUUAAAGGCGUGCGCCACCAUGCUCGGCCUCCGCCCACUUUUGAAAAUAAAUUUAAAACAAUUCCAAAUAACAUUUCAUCUCUAAAUCAUCUGCAUUUAUUUCUAUAAGGACUUCCUUCUAAAACUUUACUGUAAUAAGUUAAUUCCAACCGUCUUUAAAACCUGUUAUUUCUGUGUUUCCAAAUACCCUGUCAAUUUAAAUACUCGGAGUUUGCCAGUAUGGAGUUUGCCAGUGUGGAUUUUUUUUUUGGUUUUGGUUUUGGUUUUUUUUCGAGAUAGGGUUUCUCUGUGUAGCCCUGGCUGUCCUGGAACUCACUCUGUAGACCAAGCUGGCCUCGAACUCAGAAAUUUGCCUGCCUCUGCCUUCCAAGUGCUGGGAUUAAAGGUGCACACCACCACACCUGGCGCCAGUAUGGAUUUCACAGACGCCUUCCUAAGCAUCUUUAACUUGCCCUCCACAUUUCUUGUAGGAUCUUGAGAUUUAAUUAAGUUCACGUGUGUCUUUUUGAUGGGCUUUGGAGUGUUUUGUUUUGUUUUUUUUUAAAUGAAAAGUCCUCAGGUACCCAAUCACCAGAAACACUUUCACAUAUGAAAGCACACAUUUUUUAAAAAUGAUGAGAUGUUUCCCCUGACAUCUUAAGAGGGUGGCCAGUUUUACUUUUGCGUUAUUACAGACGUAAAUUUUUCUGUCUUCAUUCAGUGUAGUGAUUAUUCUUUCGAUGCUGAAGUUUCUUUUUCACAGGUCUGAGAAAUGCCUUCAAGUGACUCACCUACUUGUCCUCAAGUGACCCCCUGUACCUGUUCCCUUUCAUGCAGCCCUCGUGGGUUUCCAUUGUGGCGUUUAUAACUGCUACAAAAAUGCCACCAUGUUACCAACAUGAGGAAGAGAAAUUCUUCCUCAAUGCCAAAGGCCAGAAGGAAGCUCUCCCCAGCAUCUGGGACUCGCCUACGAAACAGCUAUCUGUUGUUGUGCCUUCCUACAAUGAAGAGAAACGGUUGCCUGUGAUGAUGGAUGAAGCCCUGAACUACCUAGAAAAGAGACAGAAACAUGAUUGUACGUUCACGUAUGAGGUGAUAGUGGUUGACGAUGGCAGUGAAGACCAGACGUCAAAGGUCGCUUUAAAAUACUGCCAGAAAUACGGAAGUGACAAAGUCCGGGUGAUAACGCUGGUGCGGAACCGUGGGAAAGGUGGUGCUGUUAGGAUGGGUGUAUUCAGUUCCCGAGGAGAGAAGAUCCUCAUGGCAGAUGCUGACGGAGCCACAAAGUUUCCAGAUGUUGAGAAAUUAGAAAAGGGGCUGAGUGAUCUACAGCCAUGGCCUGAGCAAAUGGCUAUUGCAUGUGGGUCUCGAGCUCAUCUGGAGAAAGAAUCGAUUGCUCAGCGCUCUUACUUCCGUACCUUUCUUAUGUACGGAUUCCAUUUCCUGGUGUGGUUCCUCUGUGUCAAAGGAAUCAGGGACACACAGUGCGGGUUCAAAUUACUGACCCGAGAAGCAGCAGCCCGGACCUUCUCGUCUCUGCACAUUGAACGAUGGGCAUUUGAUGUAGAGCUGCUGUACAUAGCACAGUGUCUUCAAAUCCCAAUAGCAGAAGUUGCUGUCAACUGGACAGAAAUUGAGGGUUCUAAGUUAGUUCCAUUCUGGAGCUGGCUACAAAUGGGCAAAGACCUGCUUUUCAUCCGACUUCGGUAUCUGACGGGUGCCUGGAGGCUCAAGCAAACACGGAAAGCGAGUUAGUUGCUGGCAGGGCUGGACUGCAUUUUUAUCCCACAUGCAAUUUCACUUGAAAUCAAGAUUUUCAAUAAAGCCUCGAUGGGCCUGUUCUCAGUAUCUGCCUUUGUAUAUUCUUGAGAAUUAACUGCUAUGAGGAGACCACGUGAUGUCUUUUUUUUUUAAUAUUUGUGCCAUAAGUUAGAUUUUUUAAAAUUUAUUUAUUUAGCAGUCUGUAUUUUGGCUCCUGUCACUUAAGGUUCUGAGAUGGACACUUGGCGACCAAAGACAGAAGCAGUUUUUUUUUAAGGUACCCACACAAUUUUUACAAUCAUGAUUAAAUCACAACCCUGUAACAGUCAUUUAAAGAUGAAGUCGGCUACGAGUUAAAAUACAGGUUUACCUGUUGUCAAAGAGACUUUAUUUGUGACUUGGAACACUAGGAAACUGUAAUAAAGGCAUGACUGAGUCUCCAGGC